CGGGUAGAAGGAGCGCGUGCAGCUGAGCGGCUCACAGUCACUGGUGACAACUCGAAUGUGCAGUGCGACUCCAGCAAGCCGGUUAUUUCAGUCCGUGUCGCUCGGGACUCUCACUUAUUCUGCCAAAUAUCGCGAAAGAAGAUGAACGCUGACGACAGUUCGCUGUGAAAGUUGGAUUUUAAAGCCGGGGAGCCACUUCAAGAGAGGAAAUAUUCUGAGAUAAACGCGAAGAAGAUGAGUCGGUGCGCUCAACGACACCUUCAGGUAUUUACGGUUGUGUGGCGAGCGUAGAUAAGCCCCCGCAUGUGGUGAAAGGCCUUCCUCGUCCUCCCGGCAGCAACAGCAGGAACAAGGGAUGUCACGACUGCUCCUUCUUUUGGUGUUGCUCAUUCUCUGCUGCAGCAUCCAGGUGUCUCCCACCAACUCCCUGGACAAGCUCAAGGAAAGUUGGAGGCUGUAUAUGGAAGAGUGCGGACGCAACAACAGCAGAGACCCACUGAGUUCUGGAUUGGUGUGCAACAGGACUUUUGACAGAUAUGCUUGCUGGCCCGACGGACUCCCCAAUACCACUGUCAGUGUGGCAUGUCCGUGGUAUCUGCCGUGGCACCAUAAAGUCCAGCACGGCUUCGUGUAUCUAGAGUGUUAUGCAAACGGGCAGUGGGCGCUACAGAAGAACACAAGCGAGUGCGACUCGAAUGACCCCAGUCAGCAAUACUAUGGUCACAUCCAGGUCAUGUACACCGUGGGCUACUCCCUGUCGCUGGUGGCGUUGGUGCUAGCGCUGGGCAUCCUGAUAUUCUUCAGGAAGCUCCACUGCAUGAGAAACAAUAUCCACAUGAAUCUGUUUGCGUCGUUCAUCCUGCGAGCGCUGUCGAUCCUCAUCAAGGACGCCCUGCUGGAGGCCAACAACACGUCACAGGAUUUGGGCCGAGACCAGGAGCAGGGAUUCCCCAGAGCCUCCAUACCUCCUAUGGAGCUGCUGGUCAACAAUGAGAUGACCAUCAGCUGCCGAAUCGCCGUGGUGAUGAUGCAGUACAGCAUCAUGGCGAACAGCUACUGGCUGCUGGUGGAAGGAAUCUACCUCCACAACCUGCUGGUCAUCACCGUGUUUACAGAGAGGAACUACUUCAAGAUCUACCUGUGCAUCGGCUGGGGGACGCCCUUAAUAUUCCUGGUGCCCUGGGUGGUGGCCAAGUAUCUUCAUGAAAACCAAGAAUGCUGGGGUGAGAACAUCAACAUGAACUACUGGUGGAUCAUCCGUUCUCCCAUACUGCUGGCAGUGGUGAUCAACUUCCUUAUCUUCAUCCACAUUAUAAAGAUCCUGGUGUCCAAGCUGCGGGCGCACCAAAUGAGAUACACGGAUUACAAGUUCAGGUUGGCCAAGUCGACGCUGACCCUGAUCCCCCUGCUGGGCAUCCACCAGGUGGUCUUCAUUUUCGUCCUAGACGAGACCACGAAAGCCACCAUGGGUUUGCGGCUCACAAAGCUAUUCAUUGACCUCUUCCUCUCCUCCUUCCAGGGCCUCCUGGUGGCGAUCUUGUACUGCUUCGUGAACAAAGAAGUCCAAUCUGAGGUCCUGAAGAAGUGGAAGCGCUGGAAGCUUGGGCGGAACAUCGAGGAGGAGUACCGCCACACCUACAGUAACACCCCCAACACCAAAACCGCCAGUCUGCUCAACCACGUCUCCCGGCUGCCUCACCUUCCUGACAUCACCAAGUCAUCGGUUCCCAUCUGCAGUCCGGAGGAGCGCCACAUGCUGGUGUCCAGGUGCCACAACGGCCUUGUUGACAGGAAGGACCAGAGCGGAGAAGCGACGCAGGAGGGAGUGCUGUGCAACAGCUGCCUGAUGGAGGAGGGAAGACAGUUGGAAAAGGUGUAUCACUAUGAAGCCAAGAGAGAUAGUGUGGAGAGCAAUCUGUGAGAGACGUGUGAAGAGCACCGAAGGCUCAUGAGCUCCAGCGCUGUCCUGACGAAGCAGCAGGAAACAAUACCGCUGGACGACAAGGCUCGGUCUGAGAGGAUGGAGCUGCCGCGAGUGUCCUGGAUGAUUGUCAGGCACGAAGACAACUGUGGGAUGUAAAAUAAUAAAGAAACAUGGAACCUCAAAACAGCAUCAGCAAGACAGAAAAAAAAGACUAUGUGUAUCAAAGGUGUGUGGUACUGAAGUGUGACCUGGACACACAAGUAAAUGCAGAAGAAAGUGCUGCAGUGGACAAGAAGAAAAAAAAGAAGAAGAAAAAAAAAAGACGUGUUUGACAGUGCAGUGACCAGAAGUGUUGUUCUGUCGUCUUUGGAGAUCGUGGGAAAUUGGCAGCUGCUCUUACCGGGUCACUCCUGGUUUACAAUCUCACACCCGAGACGAAGGUCGAGUGAGUUGUUCUUCGCAACAGACCGUGGUUUUUAUAAUAAUAAUGAUGUGAUGUUCACGAUACCUCUGUUGCUCCCCCUGCACUGGCGUUUUCCCAGAGGUGAAAGGCUACGUUCACAUACAAGCCACGCUGCUAUUGUGCCACUUUCCCUGCUUGAAAAAGGCUUGUUGAAGUUUAGACUUAAUAAAUGUACCUUUGGUCUUCUAUCGACUAUGAGACACUUGUAAUGGGAGUGACGGAUUUGAAUGAAAUUCCCAGGAAAUAUGUGAAAUGGAUCCGUUGCAUUUGGAUUCAUGAAAGAUACAUUGUCAUAAGCAGACUGCGUUGUGUGGUGGACGCAGGUUUGUAGUGCUUUGCUGUGCUGCUGGCACCGCUGUCAUGUUGACACAUGAUUCAAAAUCUGCACGUAGUGUUUUACUGGGUCCAUUUUGCCUUGGAUCGACUGACUUCCUGCCUCAAUGAUUCAUUGGUCUUUCGAGUGACGUGAUGGCGAGGCUGGCUAAAAAAACAGAACCAAGAGUGCCGCACCAUGGAGUGUCAUUGAAUAAUACGCAGCCUAGUGUGGACAUUCAUUGACUAGAUCUGUAGCGGCGUUUAGACUCUUACAAAGGAAGCCACUGGUUGGAGAACGGCAGGUUUAGCAAAUAGCGUAAAUGUGUAUGUAAAAACACUGUCGCCAUCUGCAAAUGAUGCAAAAGGAAUUGUCCUCCAAACUUUGCAACCUGCAAAUACUGAAAUGCGCUAAUGCAAAAAUUAAACAUACGGCAUCAUCCAAACCAUCCCAUCAUCUGAUACCUGUUCAAAAGGGAUAGACGUUGACAUGUUAGUCAACCUCAACUGCCAAUUGUGCCGCCCCUCUCUGCGCUUGUUGGCUUUGGGGAGAGUCUGAACUAAGAUGCCAGGUGGUUUGUCCACAAAUCAAACACUUUAUCAGCAGAGCAAGAGGUGUUGGAUCAAAAAAGCCCCCCACAGCUUUGUAUGUGAACGCAGCACAGACAUCACUACCAACGUCUGCCGACCUAUCGAGUCACACGUGCGUACAGCACGAAGCCUCCGUGACUUAAAGUAACAUGUUAUCUGUCAAAGGUUUUCUUCCCACUGUGUUAAACGGAGGCUCUCAUGCAUGCUGGCUGCGCAGAUUUGCAUCAUUGGUGGAAGACAAUAAGCGCCACGACAUCAGGAGCGACUUGCCGCAUGCUUCAUUGUGUCCAAUAUUCCGUCUGCAGGGCGCCGCGAACAAACCUCUGAACAGAACAAAUACAAAUCUAGCGACAAAAUAAACUUGGUACAGUUGCUUCUGAAUGCAAUUUUUUACAGGAAGAGGAAGCGCCGUGUUUCAGCUCUGGAAGGUUUACUUCUGUGUUGCUUUGGCGAUUUGCACAUUGUUAAUUUAUAAUUGUGUUUGUGUUGAUGCCGGUGAUUUAUUUGAUUCCUGUCCGUGUUGCCCCUCGUGCAUGUUCGUACACGUACGGGCGAAUGUUCCAGGUGUUCAAGUGGUAAGAAAAAAAAAGACAAAACUGUGCUCCCUUCUUGUUGUUUCAUUGCUCUCACUGUUGUUGCUACUAACUACCAAAACUGCACUAUUGACACUCUGAUCUCAUGUUCUACUGCGGCAUUUGUGAAUUCCAGAAGUAACUUUUAGUCAUUCCCCUCUUUUUAAAGAAAAAAAAAAGGGCCUGCUGGUUCUUACUGAAUGUAAUGACCCAAAUCACCUUGUGUGUUGAUCUACUCUCUGAGGUGGAUCUGUACAGUAUUUCUAUUUGGUGUGAAGAAACAAACAGUGCAGCAGUUUUUCAUAUAUUGUGACGGCUUAUCGAACUUUGUCCGUUUGUUCAAGGAUUAAAAAGACAAUAAAUGUGGAUGAUUGUUUAAGCCAUGGUGGUUUCGUACUCGCAGGAGUGUCAUUGAGAAGGGUCCGGCUGUGGCUCGGGUGUUUCGUCGCCAACUGGAGGGGGUUUCCGUAGCUCUUCAUAGACCGCUCACAUAUAGUUUUGCCCUUCUGGUAUGUUUACCAUGGGAAAACAAAGUGGUCAUUUGAGCACAUUAUGCUGGUUUAUAGGCAUAAUCUAACCUAGUGUUUAGCCCUAACCCGAACCUUACUCUGGAUGUAAACUGGGUUUUGAAACCAGGAUUGGGGGAAUCUCCCUUUGGUGGCUUCACUUCGAUGAAAAGAUCAGAAGAGGGGAGCAUCCAGCAUGCUACUUCAGGACAUAGUACUUCCCAGUGAUGUGGAUGACACUGAAGAAGACAGAUCAUUCACCGACAGGAGGAUCAGGCGUGGCCACAGGUUUAUGUGAGCACUCGGUUGAACGAAUCAUCAUUCUGAAG